CAGGAAAUAGGUAGGGCAUGAGCACAAAGCUGUAACUGGGGAAGAAGUUUCUGGGCCCGGUAGAAAAUGUAGGUAAUCUUAGAGUUAGGUAGCAGCUGCCAGGAACUUGCCCCUCCCCAUAAGAUCCUAAAGGGCCCCCAUUUGACUCUCACCAGACAGUUAGAACUUGUUUCCUCCUCUGUGUCAGCCAGCAAGAGGUGCCUGGAGGGCUGUGUCCAGCAGGACCUCACUGCCCAGCAGAACAGCUGGGGAGCCAAGUGCCCUAGGUCAGCUGUGGAGUACCUGACUGUUUGCCUGCCUGUCUGCCCUCCUCUUUAAUUCAUUCUCAUCACUGACAUCUAUGACUGGCUUGGAAAUCAGAAACCCACAUCCAUCUAGAUGAUUGAUUUUGAUGAUGUGGCUGCAAUAAACCCAGAACUCUUACAGCUUCUUCCCUUACAUCCGAAGGACAAUCUGCCCCUGCAGGAAAAUGUAACAGUCCAGAAACAAAAACGGAGAUCCAUCAAUUCCAAAAUUCCUGCUCCAAGAGAAGGUCUUCGAAGCCGUUCCAUUCGCAUGUCCACUGUCUCAGAGCGUCGUGUCACUGCUCAGGAGAAUGAUAUGGAGGUGGAGCUGCCUGCAGCUGCAAACUCCCGCAAACAGUUUUCAAUUCCUCCAGGGCCCCCUAGGCCUUCCUGCUCUGCAGUGGCUGAAAUACCAUUGACGAUGGUCAGCGAGGAGGUGGAAGAGCAAGUCCAUUCCGUCCGAGGCAGCUCUUCUGCAAACCCUGUGAACUCAGUUCGGAGGAAAUCAUGUAUUGUGAAGGAAGUGGAAAAAAUGAAGAACAAGCGAGAAGAGAAGAAGGCCUCGAACUCUGAAAUGAGAAUGAAGCGAGCUCAGGAGUAUGACAGUAGUUUUCCAAACUGGGAAUUUGCCCGAAUGAUUAAAGAAUUUCGGGCUACUUUGGAAUGUCAUCCACUUACUAUGACUGAUCCUAUCGAAGAGCACAGAAUAUGUGUCUGUGUUAGGAAACGCCCACUGAAUAAGCAAGAAUUGGCCAAGAAAGAAAUUGAUGUGAUUUCCAUUCCUAGCAAGUGUCUCCUCUUAGUACAUGAACCCAAGUUGAAAGUGGACUUAACAAAGUAUCUGGAGAACCAAGCAUUCUGUUUUGACUUUGCAUUUGAUGAAACAGCUUCAAAUGAAGUCGUCUAUAGGUUCACAGCAAGGCCACUGGUACAGACAAUCUUUGAAGGUGGAAAAGCAACUUGUUUUGCUUAUGGCCAGACAGGAAGUGGCAAGACACAUACUAUGGGUGGAGACCUCUCUGGGAAAGCUCAGAAUGCAUCUAAAGGGAUCUAUGCCAUGGCCUCCCGGGACGUCUUCCUCCUGAAGAAUCAACCCUGCUACCGGAAAUUGGGCCUGGAAGUCUAUGUGACAUUCUUCGAGAUCUACAAUGGGAAGCUGUUUGACCUGCUCAACAAGAAGGCCAAGCUGCGUGUGCUGGAGGACGGCAAGCAACAGGUGCAGGUGGUGGGGCUGCAGGAGCACCUGGUUAACUCUGCUGAUGAUGUCAUCAAGAUGAUCGACAUGGGCAGCGCCUGCAGAACCUCUGGGCAGACAUUUGCCAACUCCAAUUCCUCCCGCUCCCACGCCUGCUUCCAGAUUCUUCUUCGAGCCAAAGGGAGAAUGCAUGGCAAGUUCUCUUUGGUAGAUCUGGCAGGGAAUGAGCGAGGUGCAGACACUUCCAGUGCUGACCGGCAGACCCGCAUGGAGGGUGCAGAGAUCAACAAGAGUCUCUUAGCCCUGAAGGAGUGCAUCAGGGCCCUGGGACAGAACAAGGCUCACACCCCAUUCCGUGAGAGCAAGCUGACACAGGUGCUGAGAGACUCCUUCAUCGGGGAGAACUCUAGGACUUGCAUGAUUGCCAUGAUCUCACCGGGCAUAAGCUCCUGUGACUAUACUUUAAACACACUGAGAUAUGCAGACAGGGUCAAGGAGCUAAGCCCCCACAGUGGGCCCAGUGGAGAACAGUCGAUUCAAAUGGAAAUAGAAGAGAUGGAAGCCUGCUCUAACGGGACACUGAUUCCAGGCAAUUUAUCCAAGGAAGAAGAAGAACUGUCUUCCCAGUUGUCCAGCUUUAAUGAAGCCAUGACUCAGAUCAGGGAGCUGGAGGAGAGGGCCAUGGAAGAGCUCAAGGAGAUCAUACAGCAAGGACCAGGCUGGCUUGAGCUCUCUGAGAUGACUGAGCAGCCAGACUAUGACCUGGAGAACUUUGUGAACAAAGCAGAAUCUGCUCUGGCCCAGCAAGCCAAACACUUCUCAGCCCUGCAAGAUGUCAUCAAGGCCUUGCGCCUGGCCAUGCAGCUGGAAGAGCAGGCUAGCAGACAAAUAAGCCUUGUCACCCUCAAGGGAGGAAGGAGCUCUUAGUCACCUUUUCAUGUUGCCCUUCUUUCCAUCGUGGGGAAUGCUCUCAGCAUAGAGCCUUCUCAGCAGUGGACUGGCUGCUGGUGGAGGGCUCCCUGGGGUUGUCCUGGCUCUGGGGAGAGAAACGGAGCCUUUAGUCCAGCGCUCUGCUGGCUCUAAACCUUCUACACCUUUGGUCUACACCUUUGGCACUGUAUGUCUUGUACUUUAAAAAUAUUUUUCUGAGACCUCUUUCUACCUUACUGUCUUCCUACAGAUCCAAGAGGAUCCCUAUUGUUUUGUUUUAUGUGUUUAUACAUUGUAACAAUAAAGAGAAAAAAAUGAAUCAGCUGUUUAAGUGUAUGGAAAGGGCCCAGGAUGUGUCUGAGCCUUCUGGGACUAAGGACAUGACUGUAUCUUUGGCCUCUGGGUAGUACUGAUUCUGUACUCUUUCCAGGAGGCUAUAUCCAUGCCUAUAGUUCCAGUGACAAGCUGAAGACUCCUAUGACUUAUUUGAUGUCUAUGAGAUGCUUAUUAAGAUGGCAACCGGGUGCAGUGGAUCACGAGGUCAGGAGUUCAAGACCAGCCUGGCCAACAUGAGGAAACCCCAUCUCCACUAAAAAUACAAAAUUAGCCAGGUGUGGUGGCUGGUGCCUGUAAACCCAGCUACUCAGGAGACUGAGGCAAGAGAAUUGCUUGAAUCCAGGAGGCAGAGGUUGCAGUGAACCGAGAUCACACUGUGGCACUCCAGCCUGGGCAAAAGAGUGAAACUGUCUCAAAAACAAAAGAAAGAAGAUGUCACCCUAUUACAGUCAGCCCAGAGCCUAUUGAAAGAUUCUGUGGGGUUGAGGCCAGGAAUCUCCUGACUGAGGGCUCCCUAAACACACAUUUGAUUGUAUGGUUCCCAGGCUUAACCCUUUUAGUGGCACCUCAUUACCACUCAUACAAAGGCUGAAGAAAGCACUUGACACUGGAUAGGGAAGGAUCUGAAGGGAAAUACCAAUUUGGUCAUAGGGCAUGAAGUGUUUAGGAACUGGAGGAUUCUAGAGUCCAUGUCAUGGAGCAUAUCUGAAUGGUAAUGAGGUACCACUAAAAAGGUUUAACCUGGGAGCCAUACAUCCAAAUGUGUAUUAGAGAGACUUAUGUCCUCAAUGGAUCCUCCUACCUCAGCCUCCCAAAGUGCUGAGAUUACAGGCAUGAGCCACUGUUCUGUGCAGAUGUUCACUUUUAUUUCUAGUUUGUUGAGUGUUUUUUGUUUUUUUUUUUUUUGAGAUGGAGUCUCUUGCCAGGCUAGAGUGCAGUAGCAUGAUCUUGGCUCACUGCACCCUCUGCCUCCUGGGGGUUCAAGUGAUUUCUCCUACCUCAGCCUCCUGAGUAGCUGGGACUACAAGCAUGCACCACCACACCUGGCUCAUUUUUGUAUUUUCAGUAGCAGCAGAGUUUCACUGUGUUGGCCAGGAUGGUCUUGAUCUCCUGAUCUCAUGAUCCUCCCAAAGUGCUGGGAUUACAGCAGUGAGCCACCGCGCCUGGCCUGUUGAGUGUUUUUAUUGCCAAAAGGUAUUAGAUUUUGUCAAAUGCUUUUUCUGUGUUUUGAAGUGAUCAUGUGGAUUUUUUAUUCCUUUGCUCCAUUAAUAUGGUGUAUUAAACUUGGAAAAUCCAAGUAAAUAUAAUACAGUGAGUAGAACAAUAAUUUGCUUGAAUAUUUAAGUGCCAUUUAAAUAUUUAUUGAAUUCUGUACUUUGGGAGGCCAAGGAGGGCAGAUCGCUCGAGCUCAGGAGUUCAAGACCAUCCUGGGCAAUAAAGUGAGACCCAGUCUUGGCUGGGCACUAUGGCUCAUGCCUAUAAACCCAGCAUUUUGGGAGGCUAACGUGAGCAGAUCAAUUGAGGCCAGGAGUUGGAGACCAGCCUGGCCAACGUGGUAAAACCCUGUCUCUACUAAAAAUACAAAAAUGAGCUGGGUGUGGUGAUGCAUAAUCCCAGCUAGUUGGGAGGCUGAGGCAGAAUAAUUGAUUUAAUCCAAGAGGUGGAGGCUACAGUGACCUGAGAUGGCGCCACUGCACUCUAGCCUGGGCAACAGAGCAAGACUAUUGUCUCAAAAAAAAAAGACCCAAUCUCUACAGAAAAUACAAAAAUGAGCCAGGUUCGGUGGCAUGUGCCUGUGGUCCCAGUUCCUUGGGAUGCUAAGGUGGGAAGAUGGCUUAUGCUUAGAGGUGGAGGUUGCAAUGAGCUGAGAUUGCACCACUGCACUCCAGCCUGGGCGACAGAGCCAGUCCCUGUAUUUUAAAAAAAGAAAUUAUUGAGUGCUUACUAAAUAGCAGGCAUUAUUCUAUGUAUAGGUGUUAGAAAUAUGGCAGUGAACAAGACAAAGUUUCUACCCUCAUGCACAUUGUAUUUCAGUGGAGAAAACAGAUAAUGUGCACGUAAACAAAUGGUAGGUAAUAAUAAGUGAGUAGAGAAAAAUGGGAGACUUGCUACUUUAGAAAGCAGACUCAUUGCUGAUAGAUUGACAGAAAAAAAAAAGAAAAGAAAUCAGGCUCAGAACUCCAGCCUGAGCAGUAUAGUGAGACCCUGUGUCUAAAAUUUAAAAAAAAAAGGCUCAGAAAAGGCCUCCCAGUGUAGGGGGGGGUGACAUUUUGAGCAGAGACUUUAAUGAAGGAGCCAUGCUAGAGCAUUUCCUGCCAGAGCAAGAAGGCCUGAGCAAUGUCCAUGUGCCUGGAGUUGAGAGAGGGGGAAGGUAGGAGAUAAGCAAAGAGACAAGCAGAGGCCUAACACUUGGGUUGUCUAGGCCUAAGUAAGGAAUUUAGAUUUUAUUCGAAAUGUGCUGGGAAGCCACCAGAAAGCUGAACAUGUAAGAAAAAAGGGAUAGGCCAGGUGUAGUAGCUCACACCUGUAAUCCUAGCACUUUGGGAGGCUGAGGCGGGCGGAUCACUUGAGGUCAGGAGUUUCAGACCACCCAGGCCAACAUGGUAAAAUCCCAUCUCAACUAAAAAUACAAAAAUCAGCUGUGCAAAAAAAAAAUAGCUGGGCAUGUGGCAUAUGCCUGUAAUCACAGCUACUAGAGAUGCUGAGACGAGAAUCGCUUGAACCUGGGAGGCCAAGGUUGCAGUGAGCCGAGAUCGUGCCAUUCCACUCCAGAUUGGGAGACAAGAGCAAAACUCCGUCUCAAAAAAAAAAAAAAAAAAAAGCUUUGGGAGCUAGAGGC